GUUUAGUACCAUUGGUUUCGGCGACUUAAUGCCCGGCCAUUCCGUAUUAAGUGGUAAAGACGGCUCACAAAAGAAGCUCAUUAUAACGAGCGCCUACAUCAUAGGAGGAAUGGCAUUAAUAGCUAUGAGCUUUAAUUUAGUUCACGAACAGGUUUUACAUAAAAUGAAAAAAUGUGGCAAAAAGUUGGGAAUAUAUUCCUCAGAACCGGAGAUUGAUUUGUCUACUCAUGAACCGCACGACGAAGAUUUCGACGUCUAAUGUGUGGCUCAUCUCUGAUGAGAGAGAGACUGGAUGUUGGCAGCAAACCCCUGGUAUAUCUCAAUUCCAGUGGUGUGUGUGUUGUUGGCUGUACUGCCGGUGCCAGCGCUCGGAAUAUCAAUAAUGAAAAUUAAUAUAACGGCAUCUCGUUAUCAAUAGAUCACAAUUAAACUGAGG